UUGGUGCGGUCGUUUGCUCGGUCGUCGCGUAAAUGUACACAAAUCAAAUAAUAUUCAGUGGUGAGUCGAGUGUUCAUUUUGGACACGUGUGAAAAUGUCGGACAAUUGUCAUACCAAUUUCCCACCCCAGACAUAUUCGUCAUCGUUUUAUCUCAACUCGUUAGUCGAUGAUGAGAAAAUUUCGGUGCCGCAGGCCAUCGAAACGACGGUGAAGGCGCCUCUUUUCGAUUGUUUCGUCAGUACGUUUCUGGGAGAGAAAAAGUCGACCAGAAGCAAAGAUAAAAUCGUCAAGUCGGGCGAUAAGGACCUGGAGACGGCCGAUCUGUGGAAGCUGAAGAGCACGAAGCCGGUCCGGUCGCCGUCCCCGCACAACGCCUUCAAGAAAUGGCGGAAGGCCGGCAUCAAGCCGUCCGAAUCGAAGAACGCGAUCAACGAUUCGAAAACGAAAAAGGACAAGAACAACGAGGAGGACAUGUCUUUGCUCAAGUUCUUCGCCAUCAACGCAUUGGAUCUCAGCGCACCAGCUAGCGACGUGUUGCUCAAAAGUCGCAGCACCAGCUGGUUCCAACUCAGCGGCCAUCCGGACAGUUUGGCGCCCGCCGGUCCGGGAACCGUAUGGAAGAAACGGUCGCCCGGUGCCGAUGACACGGAACGUAUCGUUUACGAGGAACUGUCCAAGGACCCGGUCCUCAGCGACAUCAUUCCCAAGUACUACCGAGAGGUUGAGUACCAGGGGGAGAAGUUCAUCGAAUUGCAGGACCUCCUGCUCGGCUUCCAGGAUCCGUACGUCAUCGACAUUAAGAUGGGUACGAGGACCUUCUUGGAGUCCGAAGUUAAAAAGACUGUGGCCCGACCGGAUCUGUAUCAGAAAAUGAUCGCCAUCGACCCUAACGCUCCCACAAAGGAGGAACACGAACAGAAAGCCGUGACGAAGUUGAGAUAUAUGCAGUUCAGGGAAUUGCAGUCGUCCAGUUGCAGCCACGGUUUUCGCAUCGAAGCCAUGAAGUGCCGGGGUUCGCCCCCAGUCACCGAUUUGAAGAAAGUCAGGUCGAGCGACGAAGUGUUAAACACGUUGGACAUGUUCCUUUCCGGAAAGGACGAAGUCAGACAAAGGAUAACCUCCAGAUUAUGUGAUAUUAGGAGUAAGAUCGAACAGUCUGAGUACUUUAAGCACCGCGAAGUUGUCGGCAGCAGUUUGUUCGUUAUCUAUGACGACACCAAAGUUGGAGUGUGGCUGAUAGAUUUCGCCAAGACGAACAAACUUCCCGACGGUCUGAAGGUCAAUCACAGAACCGAAUGGGUUCAAGGGAACCACGAGGAAGGUCUACUAUACGGAUUCGACAGAUUAAUCACGAUUUUGGAGAGUAUUCCAUCAUCGAACCGCGGGUCGAGUAAUUCGUUCUCGAAGCAAAUGCCCGCUGUGAGCGUAAAGUCUUGAACGGCGUACAAAUUAAAUUCCACGUGGAUCUUUUGAGACGAGUUCCAUUGGAGAACCUUUGGAGAUUAUUUUUGUAUUCGCCGAAUACACCGAGCAGCCGAAAGACAAAGAGACGAAGUGUCUGUGCUUCGGUGUGCUUACAAUAAAUGGUAUGACGAAGUCGGUUGUGUUGCCGAAAUGAUGUUAAAGAAACGGAUGUACAGUUUAAUUUUUUAUAUGUUUUGUGAAAAGUAUUAAAGUAAGUAAUUUUAUACUUGUAUAUUGUUCAUGUAAAUACUUAUUGCUUUCGUGAACUGUCUGUCUAGUCAAUUUUAUGUGCUUAGGUAUUUAUAAUUAUAGACUUAAUGACCCAGUUACCAUGUAAAAAGGGACUAUGUAUAUUAUUAAACUUUUUAUAAUAAUUUAUAUUUUACUAUAUGUACUUAUAUAAUACAAGAUUUUUUUAUUGAUUA